ACGAGUAUAAAUAAAAGAGCCCGAGUCUGUGACGGCCAGUUCAUUUACAGUUUUUCGCUGUUGAACAACAAACUUAGUGUCAGUGCCAGCGCCUCGCUUCCAAGCCAAUAUUCAAACCAAUCCAAUCACAAACCGAUACGAUCCGAAACCGAUCCGAUCCUCGCUCUUUUCGUGAAUUGCCACCGUCGGACAGACCGAAGCCUCCAUUGACACACCUUGACUUGUGAAUUGUAAUGUCGAUGAACCGUGCGUAUUCAAACGAGUGCCGCGCCAACCAAACCACCUCAACAGCACUGUCACUGCCACUGCAAUUGAAGAAGUCCAUAUCUACAUCUAUAUCAAUAGAUAUAUACUAGAUCCACUGAUCGAUUCCGCUGAUUCCGCUGAUUCCGAUCGAAUGUGCCAAAGCCGUCAGCUCGACAUUCGCUACGCCGAAUAUCACUGAAAGCCAGCCACCAAGCCGCUGCUUCCUCUCCAGCCCCUCCCCAAACGUGUCCGUGUGUGUCCUUCGUCUCCAGCCAGACCACAAGCCGAUCUGCAUCCGAAUCUGCAGCGUGUGCGAUAAGCUCCAGUCAAGAUUCCGCCAACACUGAGCUGCGCGACCGCCAAGACGGCAUCCAUCGCCGGACCUAUGUCAGUGCAAAGCCAACUGCUGCUGAACUUCAACCAGAAAACCCAAACGAGGAACCACAACAAUAUAGAGCUGAUAAAUUCGUUCAUAACAUAACGACGAGCGGAUCUCUUCUGACUGCCGAAAGAGACCCAACGCAAUCGCGACCGCCUGUUCUUAUAUAUUAAACGUUAGGGAGAAAUUUGCAAACAUUUUUUACCGGAAGAGAAAAAAGAAAUCAAAUCAAAAGAAAAUGAAUUUAAGUUUGUGCGCCUUAGCGCUGCUGCUGUUCGGCAGCCUCUCGAGCGUCCAGAGCCGUGCCGUGGACAUUGUAGACGAUAGCAACGAUGUCGACAACUCCAUCGAGGCGGAGCCGGAGGAGAAGCCCCGAGGACGCCCCUUCGAGGCCGACUGGCUCAAGUUCACCAAAUCGCCGCCCGCCAAGCUGCAGCAGGCAGCCGGCGCCACCCUGGAGAUUGUCUGUGAGAUGAUGGGCUCCCAAGUGCCCAGCAUCCAGUGGGUGGUCGGCCACAUGCCGCUCUCUGAGAUUGAGAACCUCGAGUCGAAUGUGGUGUCCGAGGAUGCGGCCAGUGCCAUUGUCCGCGUGCGAUCUGUACACAUCAUCGAUCACAUGCUGAGCGAACCCCGCACCUACACCUGCGUGGGACGCACUGGCUCCAAGACCGUCUACGCCAGCACCGUGGUCCACCCAGUGCGCUCCGAUCUGGUUGAUAUGCGCAUGGUGCGCGAGAAGCAGUAUCCGGGCCCCCAGAAGCCGCGCAUCAUCUACACCGAGAAGACCCAUCUGGAUCUGAUUGGCUCCAGUGUGAUGCUGCCCUGCAAGGUGCACGCACGGCCCCGUGCCGAAGUCACUUGGUUGAACAACGAGAACAAGGAGGUUGUCCAGAGCCAUCGCUACAAGGUGCUGCCCACGGGCGAUCUGCUCAUCUCGGAGAUCAAGUGGGAGGAUAUGGGCAACUACAAGUGCAUUGCCCGCAACUCUGCUGGCCGCGACUCAGCCGACACCUUUGUUUAUCCUGUACUUAAGGAGCAAGACUAAAGAUCCCACCAAAACUACACAAAUCAAAGGGCUAUUGGAUUGACAGCGACAGAGAAUUCAUCUAGUUAGUUAGAUAGAUCAAAUGCCUUCGAAGAUGCGAGAAAACAAAACCGGAAUGUGCUAAGAAAAAUCACAAAAAAACACCCAAAAAAACAAAAGAAAAGAAAAAUAAUUAUUUCGAAAUGAAAGAAAGUAAGGUCAUACGUUGUACAAUGUAGGUUAAGAGCCAGUUUAGAUUGUAACCCAGGUAAUCUGUAAUCCAUAUCUAAUGCCGGCUUAGACUAUAAAAUUUCCUAUCGACUUAAACGCAUCGAAUAGCUAUUACAUCGAAUCUUAUCCACCAUAUGUACGCGUAUAUGGUUUCCUUCAAUUUUAGUUUUAGUCAUCAGGCUUGUAAUCAAAUCACACGUCUUGUUCUGUAAGCGCAGCAAUGAUGGUUCCUAACGAUUCAGGCGAGCUCUAGUUAACCUUAAGCUCCAACGUAAGAGUAAUUGGCCGUUUACUUAAUGAGGGUGCCCCCAGCACCCAGCACCACCCAACCCCAACAAUCAGUCACCCAAUUCGUAUUUAUGUGCACCGCAAUCAUUUCUUACAACUAAUUUAUUGAUCGACAAAAUUCAUCCAGCAAUUCAUCGCAAUCCAUACAGAAUCACCGCACGGAAUAGUAUUUCACGGAACGAAUCAGCAGUUUCAUAGGCUACCACCACAUCCACAACCCAACUAAAAAUACGAUAAAUACAUGUUUUAUUAUUAUUUUGUAAGCUAAGUGAA